UUUGCUCACAUAAGAAAACAUCAAGAACAGAGGAUCAUAUUGUGAGAUGGCGUCACCACUGAUGUUGGUGUUUUUUAUUGCUCUCCCUGUGGUCCUCUGCUACCAUUCCUCAUUCAUUGACCUGGAAGCUAAAGGAAGUAACAAGUCCUCCAUCAGGUUCCUGGUUGUUGGAGACUGGGGAGGUCUGCCGUAUCCUCCUUACGUCACCCCUAUAGAGACGGCCACUGCUCGCAUGAUGGCCAAGACUGCUUCCACGAUGGGCUCAGACUUCGUUCUUGCUGUUGGAGACAACUUUUACUACAAGGGUGUAACUGAUGUGAAUGACCCUAGAUUUCAGGUCACUUUCGAAAACGCGUAUACUCAAGAUUCUCUUAACAUUCCAUGGUAUGUCAUUGCUGGCAAUCACGACCAUGCAGGAAAUGUUCUUGCUCAAAUUGAGUACAGUCAACGAUCAAAACGAUGGAACUUCCCUUACUACUAUUACGAGAUGAACUUCCGCAUUCCUAAAACUGAGAGCACAUUGACUAUCAUCAUGCUUGACACUGUGUUGCUGUGCGGCAACUCUGAUGACUUCCUAGACCAGCAGCCUAAAGCUCCACGCAGUGGCGUUCAGGCCAACAAACAGCUGAUCUGGCUUCAGGAGCGUUUGGCCAGGUCUAAGGCUGAUUAUCUCCUGGUGGCUGGCCAUUACCCAGUGUGGUCCAUCUCUGAGCAUGGACCCACUGACUGCUUGCUGAAGAAACUGAGGCCACUGCUGAGGAAGUACAAGGCCACGGCGUACAUGUGUGGCCAUGAUCAUAAUCUACAGUACAUCAAGGAGUCUGGCAUCGGUUAUGUGGUUAGUGGAGCUGGUAACUUUAUGGAUCCUGACGUGCGGCACCGUAACAAGGUUCCCCGAGGCUACCUCAAGUUCUUCAAUGGGGACGCCUCCACCCUCGGUGGGUUUGCCCAUGUGGAGGUCAAUAAGAAGCAGAUGACGGUUACGUUCAUCCAGGCAAGAGGGACAUCUCUCUAUCAGGCUGUUCUUAAGAAGCGUGACGAUGUUUUAAGAGAAGAUGAGGAUUAUGCUUGAAAUGUUUAAGCAACUUUUUUAAAUGUGGAUUUUAGCUUAACAACAAAUAUGUUGAACAUUAAAUAUUUAUAGAUGUUUAGGUUUUAGUGCUUUUAAGGAA